AUGAAUCAACUGGGCAUGAACCAACCAAGCAUGAGCCAACCAGGCAUGAGCCAACCAGGCGUAAGCCAAGUAGUUCUGAACCAACCAAGCAUAUGGCAAUCAGGCAUGAGUCAAUCAGGCUGGAGCCAACCAAGCAGGAGCCACUUAGGCAGAAGUCAUCCAGACCCAAGUCAAUCAAGGUUGAGCCAAUCAGGUGUAAGCCAACCAGGAAGGGGCCAAUCAGGCACAAGGCAACCAAGCAUGAAUUCUUUCCGAAUAAGACCUGCGGAGGCUCAAGACUGCCCAGAAAUUCUGCGCCUGAUUAAAGAAUUGGCUGCUUGUGAAAACAUGCUAGAUGCUGUGAAGUUAACAGCAACAGAUUUACUCAGGGAUGGCUUUGGGGACAAUCCUCUUUUCUACUGCCUGAUUGCAGAAGUACACAAUCAACAAAAACCAUCAGGCAAAGUGACCGCUGGAUUUGCCAUGUACUACUUUACAUAUGAUCCCUGGAUUGGCAAGUUACUUUACCUGGAGGACUUUUAUGUCAUACAAGCUUACAGAGGUCUAGGUAUUGGAGCUGAAAUGCUGAAAAGGCUAAGUCAGAUAGCCAUCAGAAGCCAAUGUAACUGCAUGCACUUUCUUGUUGUCGUUUGGAACCAGGUUUCUAUUGACUACUACACUCGUCGUGGGGCUUUAGACCUUUCCUCUGAGGAGGGUUGGCAUCUAUUUAGGUUUAACAGAAAAGAACUCAUGGACAUGGCAGGCGAAGAAUGAAAGAGGCUUGUAACAACUCAUCCCAACAUAGGCUCCAUUUGAAUGUCACCUGAGUCCAACAGUAGUUUGACUUUGAAUGCUGAACAAUACAGCAAG